AUGGAGCUGGAGAGACUGAGUUUGAGGCGGGAGAUGGAGAUCGAGGGGGAGAUGAAGCUGGCGAUGGAGCUGGAAAGGGAGAUGAAGCUGGAGGAAGUAGAGGAGUUGGAAGGGGAGAUGGAGCUGGAUGGGGUAGAUGGAGAUGGAGGGGUGAGAUGGAGAUGGAGGGGUGAGAUGGAGCUCGAGGGUGUGCUGGAGCUCAAGGGGGAGCUGGAGAGGGAGAUGAAGCUGGAGGAAGACGGGGAGUUGAAAGGGGAAAUGGAGUUGGAGGGGUAG